AUGCUAAUUAGCCCCAGUGGUGCCAUCUGCGAGCAGCGACUGUACGAUGACGCGGCGCGGCGCUGGGGGACGCUCUGCGACGCGGGGCGGCGCUGCGCGGCGCUGGGCGUCGUGACCACGGGAUUCGCGGCGGGGAUGUUUUACACGGCCGCUUCAAGACGAACGGCUUGUUCUUCGACCCUCCGCGCGCUUGCGGAGCCGGGGGGGGGGGCGACGGGAAUGAAGUGGUCGUGUAGAAUCCCGACGAAAUGCUCUGCAUUUGCGUGUGUCUGCGGAGGCUCCAUUCGUCUUGUUUGGACGGGAUUUUCAUUUCUGAACGAGCAUCAGGUGCAGCUCGCGAUGGCGAACCUUGCGCAGGCAAUAAAUCAGAGCAGAAAUGAGGCAAGCGGCGCUCUGGGAGAGGAACCAGACCCGCUGGACCGGCCGACUCGCAUGCUCCCUUCGGAGUGGAUUCGCGUUCUCGUGUUGGGCCUCCCGUGGACGCCCAACCGCCCGCUAAACGCGUCGUUUCUGAGGAUGAGGGAGCGGGAUUUCCGCUGGGCAGAGGCGGAGGUGGGCGCCGGGGUGCGCCCGGCCCAUUCAACGGCGAGACGCGGGGCGGGACAAUGA